AUGCAGAUCUUCGUCAAAACCCUCACCGGAAAGACCAUCACCCUAGAGGUUGAAUCCUCUGACACUAUCGAUAAUGUCAAGGCCAAGAUCCAAGACAAGGAAGGCAUUCCACCAGAUCAACAGCGUUUGAUCUUUGCUGGAAAGCAGCUCGAAGACGGAAGAACUCUUUCCGAUUACAACAUUCAAAAAGAAUCUACUCUACAUCUUGUCCUACGUCUACGUGGUGGUAUGCAGAUCUUUGUCAAGACUUUGACCGGAAAGACCAUCACCCUUGAGGUCGAGUCUUCCGACACCAUCGACAACGUCAAGGCCAAAAUCCAGGACAAGGAGGGUAUCCCACCAGAUCAACAGCGAUUGAUUUUCGCUGGUAAGCAGUUGGAGGACGGUCGCACACUGUCCGACUAUAACAUCCAAAAGGAAUCCACUCUUCAUCUCGUUCUCCGUCUUCGUGGCGGUAUGCAAAUUUUCGUCAAGACCCUUACCGGCAAGACCAUAACCCUCGAGGUAGAGUCGUCGGAUACCAUCGACAACGUCAAGGCCAAGAUUCAAGAUAAGGAGGGCAUUCCACCAGAUCAGCAACGUCUUAUCUUCGCCGGUAAGCAGCUGGAAGACGGCCGAACCCUCUCCGACUACAAUAUCCAGAAGGAGUCUACCCUUCACUUGGUCCUUCGUCUUCGUGGUGGUAUGCAGAUUUUUGUAAAGACCCUCACCGGCAAGACAAUUACUUUGGAAGUUGAAUCUUCAGAUACUAUCGACAACGUUAAAGCCAAGAUUCAGGACAAAGAGGGUAUUCCUCCAGACCAGCAACGUCUUAUCUUCGCUGGUAAGCAGCUUGAAGAUGGCCGAACUCUCUCUGAUUACAAUAUCCAGAAGGAGUCUACCCUCCACUUGGUGUUGCGUCUCAGAGGUGGUCAGUAA